AUGGGGUUGAGCCUAGCCAGUCUCUUGGUAGUCUGGCUGGCUCUGUCCUCAGUAGGGACGGCGGACCUUCAGAAAGGCAGGAGUCUCAACCAUCACCACGAUGUCUGUAGCACCUGGGGAAACAACCAUUACAAGACCUUUGAUGGGGAUGUCUACCAGUUCCCUGGACUCUGUGAUUACAACUUUGCUUCGGACUGCCGUGACGCAUACAAGGAGUUUGCUGUCCACAUCCAGCGUGGCCUGAACAAGGAUCACCACCCCCAGAUCACCUACAUCCUGGUCACAAUCAAGGAUGUUACCAUCUACCUCACCCACCAGCUCGUGGUUGUGAAUGGGGCCAUAGUCCACGUGCCCUACUACAGCUCCGGGCUCCUCGUUGAGAAGAACGAUGUCUACACCAAGAUUUACUCCCGGGUGGGCUUUGCCCUCAUGUGGAACCUCCAGGAUUCCCUCAUGCUCGAGCUGGCGGCUAAAUUCCGCAACCAUACCUGUGGUUUGUGCGGCGACUACAAUGGCAGGCAGACGGACUCUGAGUUCAACGAUGAGGGAGUUACCUUCAGCCCCAUCGAAUUUGGGAACAUGCAGAAGAUCAACCAGCCGGAUUCUGUGUGUGCGGACCCGGAAGAGAAGGCCCCCGAGUCCUGCUCGGAACACCGCACCCAGUGUGAGAAUCUCUUGAAGUCAGCGGCCUUUGAGGACUGCCAGGCUGUUGUGCCAGUGGAGAUGUACAUCCUGGCCUGUAUGCAGGACCUGUGUCAGUGUGAGAAGAGCACCUCCUUCUGCCUGUGCAGUACUGUCUCAGAGUUUUCCCGCCAGUGCUCACAUGCUGGAGGCCGGCCCCGCACCUGGAGGACGGACACAUUCUGCACCAAGACUUGCCCUGGUAACAUGGUCUACCUGGAGAGUGGCUCCCCCUGCAUGGACACCUGCUCCCACUUGGAGGUCAGCAGCCUCUGUGAGGAACACUACAUGGAUGGCUGCUUCUGCCCUGAGGGAACUGUGUAUGAUGACAUCACGGGCAAAGGCUGCAUCCAGGUGAACCAGUGCAGCUGCAAACUGCGCGGACACCUCUAUGCCCCGGGGAAGCAGAUCACCAGCAACUGUGAAGAGUGCGUCUGUAACGCUGGCCGGUGGGUGUGCGAGGACCUGUCCUGUCCUGGCACAUGCGCCUUGGAAGGUGGAGCCCAUAUCACCACUUUUGAUGGGAAGAAAUACACCUUUCAUGGAGACUGCUACUACAUUCUGGCCAAGGGGGACAGCAAUGACUCCUAUGCCCUCCUGGGAGAGCUGGCACCUUGUGGUUCCACAGACAAGCAGACCUGCUUGAAGACGGUGGUGUUGCUGACUGACAAGAAGAAGAAUAUUGUGGCAUUCAAGUCUGACGGCAGAGUGCUCCUGAACGACUUGGAAGUCCACCUGCCACACAUCGCUGCAAGCUUCUCCAUCUUCAAGCCCUCCUCCUACCACCUCAUCGUGCACACAGCCUACGGCCUCAGGUUGCAGAUCCAGCUGGUGCCACUCAUGCAGCUGUUUAUGACCAUGGACCAGGCUUUCCAGGGCAAAGUUCAAGGUCUUUGUGGGAAUUUCAACGGUCUGGAAAGUGAUGACUUCAAAACGGCAGGAGGCCUCAUCGAGGCCACUGGCUCUGGCUUUGCUAACACUUGGAAGGCCCAGUCCAGCUGCCAUGACAAACUAGACUGGCUGGAUGACCCUUGCUCUCUCAACAUUGAGAAUGCCAAUUAUGCAGAGCAUUGGUGCUCGCUGCUGAAGAAGACAGAAACUCCCUUUGCCAGGUGCCACUCAGUUGUGGAUCCUGGGGAAUAUUACAAGAGGUGCAAAUAUGACACCUGCAACUGUCAGAACAAUGAGGACUGCAUGUGUGCCGCUCUCUCCUCCUACGCCAGAGCCUGCUCUACCAAGGGGGUCAUGCUGUGGGGCUGGCGGGAGCGAGUCUGCAACAAGGAUGUUGCGUCUUGUCCCAACUCCCAAAUCUUCCUGUACAACCUGACCACGUGCCAGCAGACCUGCCGUUCACUCUCCGAGGCAGACAAGCAUUGUCUCAGGGGCUUUGCUCCUGUGGAUGGCUGCGGCUGUCCUGAGGGCACCUACGUGGAUGAGAAAGGGCGUUGUGUGCUCCUCUCGAAAUGCUCCUGCUACCACAGAGGCUUGUACCUUGAAGCAGGAGAAGUGAUCCUGAAGGAGGAUGAGCGCUGUGUCUGUCAGAAUGCGAGGCUGCGUUGCACUCAAGUGAAGCUUAUUGGUCAGAGCUGUGCUUCGCCCAAGAUCCACGUGGACUGUGACAAUCUCACAGCCUUGACCACCCGGACGCCUCACCCCGUCAGCUGCCAGAGCCUGGGGAGCGGCUACUACCAAACCGAAUGUGUCAGUGGCUGCAUGUGCCCCCCUGGGCUGAUUGAUGAUGGCCAAGGUGGCUGUGUUGUGGAGGAAGAGUGCCCGUGUGUCCACAACAAAGUGCUCUAUUCACCUGGGCAGAAGAUCACUGUGGACUGUAAUACAUGCACCUGCCAGAGAGGGAGUUGGGUGUGCACCAAGUCUGUGUGCCAUGGGACGUGCUCCAUCUAUGGAAGCGGCCAUUACAUCACAUUUGACGGAAAGUACUAUGACUUCGAUGGACACUGCUCCUACGUGGCAGCCCAGGACUACUGCGGUCAGAAAGGCUCUCGGGGCUCCUUCAGCAUCAUCACAGAAAAUGUGCCCUGUGGAACCACGGGCGUGACCUGCUCCAAAGCCAUUAAGAUCUUCCUCGGAAGAACUGAGCUAAAGCUGGAGGAGAAGCACCGAUGGGUGAUUUACCGGGACGUUGGGGAGCACGUGUCUUACACCACCCGGGAGGUGGGCCAGUACCUGGUCAUUGAGGCCAGCAAUGGCAUCAUUGUCAUCUGGGACAAGAGGACCACCAUCUUCAUCAAGCUUGCCCCGACCUUCAAGGGUGCCGUGUGCGGCUUGUGUGGCGACUUUGACGACCGCUCUAGCAAUGACUUCACCACAAGGGAUCACAUGAUCGUCACCAGUGCCCUGGACUUCGGGAACAGCUGGAAGGAGGCCCACACCUGUCCAGACGUGGACAAGACCUUCGAACCGUGCGCCGUGAACCCCCACCGCCGGUCCUGGGCAGAGAAACAGUGCAGCAUUCUGAAGAGCCAAGUGUUUGGCGUCUGUCACAGCAAGGUGGAUCCCGCUCCUUUCUACGAUGCCUGCGUCCAUGACUCCUGCUCCUGCGACACAGGGGGCGACUGCGAAUGCUUCUGCGCCGCCGUGGCCUCCUACGCCCAGGAGUGCACCAAGGAGGGGGCUUGCGUCUUUUGGAGGAGCCCCGACCUGUGCCCGAUAUUCUGUGACUAUUACAACCCCCCCAACGAGUGUGAAUGGCACUAUGAGCCCUGUGGGAACCGAAGCUUUGAGACGUGCCGCACCAUCAAUGGCAUCCACUCCAACAUCUCCGUGUCCUACCUAGAAGGCUGCUAUCCCAGGUGCCCUCCAAAAAGGCCUGUCUUUGAUGAAGACAAGAAAAAGUGUGUGCCUGCUGACCAGUGUGGCUGCUACGUGAAUGAUGAGCAUUACGAAGUUGACGAAAAGGUCCCCACGGAGGAUCCCUGCCAGUCUUGCAUUUGCACGUCAUCUUCUGAGGUCUCAUGUAAGGAGGAGAUAGGGGCAGUAAUUAACCAGACUCAGAAUGGGUCCUUCUGCUUUUGGGAGCUGUGUGGUCCCAACGGCACUGUGACCCAGUAUUUCAACAUCUGUGCUCCAACCUCGCCUCCUACUGUCUUGACCGUGUCAACCACCUCGGUGACCACCACCUCUCCCACCACGACUUUCCCUACCACCACCACCAGCAGAAGCACAGAAAUUUGCUGUUUUUGGUCUGACUGGAUUAAUGAGGAUCAUCCCAACACUGGCAGCAAUGAUGGUGACUGGGAAAGGUUUUAUGGGGUGUGCAGUGCCCCUGAAAACAUUGAGUGCAGGUCAGCUGAGGAACCCCAUCUCAGCUGGGACCAGCUCGGUCAGAAGGUGCAGUGUGAUGUCUCUUUUGGACUCAUCUGCCACAAUGAAGACCAGUUUGAAAAUGGACCAUUUGGCCUUUGUUAUGACUAUGAAAUUCGGGUCAAUUGUUGUCUGCCCAUGGAUCACUGCCCAACGACAACAACAAGUAUUACUACAACACCAGGUCCAACCACUACGGUGACAACUGUCAGUCCUACAACUGGAACAACGCCUGGGACACUUGCUCCUCCAACUCCAACUACUGUCUCAAAUAUGUCAUCAACCUCCACCACCAAGACCCCCACUAUUCCAACCACCACUGAGACCCCAACCACCACCACCACUACUACCAUCACAGAAAUCAGCAUCAUCUCUAGCACCGGCACAUCACCAUCCUCCCAUAUCUACUUCUGCUGUUACUUGAAUGACACAUACUAUGAUAAAGGCGAUGUGGUGUACAACUGGACACAUGGAGACUACUGCUAUUUUGUCAACUGCUCUCUGGACUGUCAGCUUCAGAUCUUCAACUGGUCCUGCCCUUCCACACCCCAGCCCUCACCGACCCCCACGCCAACCCCAGCACCAAGCCCAUCAAAACCGACCACACCCUCUCCAGGCUGCCCUGACUUUGUGCCACCACGGCAGGAGAAUGAAACUUGGUGGUUAUGUAACUGUACCAUGGCUGUGUGUAAGCACGACAACACGGUGGAGAUUUUUGAGAAGGUGUGCGACCCGCCACCCAAGCCUGUGUGCAGCAAUGGCCUCAACCCUGUGUGGGUCCUGGACCCUGAUGGCUGCUGUGGCCACUGGGAGUGUGAUUGCUACUGUACUGGCUGGGGAGACCCCCAUUACACCACCUUUGAUGGGCUGUACUACAGCUACCAAGGAAACUGCACUUAUGUGCUUGUGGAAGAGAUCUCUCCCACUGUGGAUGACUUUGGCAUUUACAUCGACAACUACCACUGUGACAUCAAUGACAAGGUGUCCUGCCCACGCACCCUCAUUGUGAGGCACGAGACCCAGGAGGUUCUCAUCAAGACCAUCCGGAUGGCACCCAUGAAGGUCCAGGUGCUGGUGAACAAGCACGAGGUGGCACUGCCUUAUCAGAAGUACGGUGUCCGGAUCUACGAGGCUGGCAUUAACUACGUGGUGAAUAUCCCGGAGCUCGGUGUGCUGGUGUCUUACAAUGGUCUCUCCUUUGCUAUCAAGAUGCCUUAUAACAAAUUUGGCAACAACACCAAAGGCCAGUGCGGCACCUGCACCAACAGCACAGCUGAUGACUGCAUGCUGCCCAGUGGAAAGGUCAUCUCCGACUGCGAAAUCAUGGCCGAUGAGUGGCUGGUGAAUGACCCCUCGAAGCCUCACUGCCCCCACGUCAGCUCCACCACCAUCAAGCCCGAAGUGACGCCCACUGCCCCGGAAUGCGUCUCAUCACCUCUCUGUGAGCUCAUCAAGAGCAGCCUAUUUGUCGAGUGCCACAAAUAUGCCCCAUCCCAGCACUACUAUGAUGCCUGCGUCUUUGACAGCUGCUUUGUGCCCGACUCUGGCGUGGAGUGUGCCAGUCUGCAGACCUAUGCAGCCCUCUGUGCACAAGAGGGCAUCUGCAUUAGCUGGCGAGAGCACACCAACGGUGUCUGUGAUGUGACAUGCCCAUCUCAUAAGGAGUAUAAGGCGUGUGGGCCUGUUGAGGAGCUGACCUGCAAAUCCAGCUCACAGGUACCCACGGACAACAGGACGACGGAAGGCUGCUUCUGUCCUGAAGGCACCAUCAGCUUUGCCCCCGGGAUCGAUGUCUGUGUGCCGACCUGUGGCUGUGUGGGACCAGACAGCGUGCCCAGAGAGUUUGGGGAACGCUUUCAGUUUGACUGCAAGAACUGUGUCUGCCUGGAAGGAGGCAGUGGCAUCGUGUGUGAAGCCAAACAGUGCAGCCAGCUGCAGCCUGAGUCAUGCUGGGAGGAGGGCACCUACCCUGUCAUUGAGGUGGACCCGAGAGACACAUGCUGCAACAUGACCUACUGCAAAUGCAAUUCGAGCCUAUGCCAAACUGAGCUGCCCGUGUGCUCUGUGGGAUUCGAGCUAAAGACGCAGCUUGUCCCUGGCAAGUGCUGCCCUGUCCACUCUUGUGAGCCCAAGGGUGUUUGUGUCCUGGGCCAGGCUGAAUACAAGCCAGGAUCUCCAGUGUACUCUGACAAAUGCAGAGAAUGUAUUUGUACUGAGAUGGUCAAUGCCUCCACUCACCUGAAUAUCAUUUCCUGCAGCCACGUGCCCUGCAACAUCUCUUGCAAACCUGGGUUUGAACCUGUGAAAGUGCCAGACCAGUGCUGUCCCACGUGCAAGCAGACCCAGUGUGUGAUGUACCAGACUGGCAGCCUCAUGCUUCUCCAGCCUGGUGAGAUGAAGAGUGACCCUCAGGACAACUGCACCAUCUACAGCUGCAUGAAGCUUCAAGACCAGCUCAUCUCGUCUGUCUCAAACAUCACUUGUCCUGACCUGGACUUGGGAUCCUGCCAGCCUGGCACGAUUAAGCUGAAGCCUAACGGUUGUUGUAAGACAUGCACAUUCCGCAAUGAGACCCUGGUACCUUGUUCGACGGUGCCAAGAAGGGAGGUGAUUUCCGUGGGGAACUGCAGGAGGGAAUUGCUGAUCAAUCAGUGUGAGGGUGCCUGUGGGACGUUUGCCAAGUACUCAGAAGAGGCCCAGAGCAUGGAUCAUCAAUGUUCUUGCUGCAAGGAGGUGAAGACCAGCCAGAAGGUGGUGGAACUGGCCUGUGAGGGAGGGGGCACGCUCUCCCACAAGUACACUUACAUCGAGAGCUGUGGGUGUCAGGACACUGUCUGCGGAAUGCCUCUGGAGAGCAACAGGAGGGCCUCUCUGAGUCGCACCCGCCGGGCCCUGCGGAGGUCCAGAGCAUGAGCGCCUGCCUGGCAUGCAGUCACCCUCUUAAGCCGUCUG